AAACAGCCAGGACCAGACGAAACACUACGGACUGUUGCUAUCCAGGAGAGGAGGCUACAUGUCGGGGUCCACAAUGGCUGGUGUUUCCUUGAAAAGCCCCAAGUGGUGGUGCUGGAGCUCCUAUCCUCAGGCACCAGGAGCCGAGCAGACAGCAACUCCAAACAGAGCACCCUGAUCAAGGACAGCUCAUCAACUCUCUCUCAGACGCUCGGUCUUCGCAGCAGCUUGGAGCUCAGGCUGGCCAAUCACCAUGCUUUGGCAAUCGUCUUCCAGCUGGAGUAUGUCUUCUCUGCUCCAAUUGGCCCUGAGACGAUGCUGUCAACCACGUCCACAUCCCGAGCGGCCUUCUUGCAGUGCCUUCGUUGGGGGGUUUGGUGCCCCUUUCAGCAGCCAGCCGACUGGAUUGGGGAAGAGCUCCAGCUUGUUCUGCAAGGAGGUGCAAAGCCAAACCCUCACGGAGUCAUGGUCUACAGCACAGAAAUGUCUGCCAAGACUCAGAGCCCCGUGCCACUCUCGGCUGCAGGCACAGCUCAGGAGAUCUCAGUGGCAAGGGAUACGUUAAAGUUCCGGCUGUCCUCCGGUCUGGAGAAGAAGGAAUUAAGUCCAAAGGUGUCCCUGAGGUCAAAGCAGGAGGAUGUGUCAUGUCAGAGAAGGUCACCUACAUCUCCUUCUAAGGGGCGAAAAUACAUUCCACCAGCUUCUCCUCCAGAAUCUCCUCAAGGCCCUGGGCUCUCGCUCUCUCAGCUGGCAGCAACUUCACACUACCCGACCGUCAGCCACUCCGGCAAGGCGUUGCCAUGGCAACAGUCGUUUCCUUCUCUGCUCCAUCCUUCCCCGUUGGCAUCGUCCCACCAGCUGUCACAUGUCGCCCAGGCUGGCUUAGUUGUCAGCAACAUUGCCCACAUGGAAGUGGCCCUUCAGCCGAGAGGGGACGUUUCACCUUCCGCUCAGGAUGAAGGGGACCAACUUGAAGAGCUGCCCUUCACCCCUGUCCAUGCCCCCAUCAUCCCUGUGGGGAUGAAUGAGCCUAGUUCCUGCACAGUCAGCUCAAGGAGCUCACUGGCCCACCUUUACUCCGCUGGCUUCCCUGACAUUGUGGAUCACAGUGGGCAGGUUGCAGAAGUUCUCGACCCAACUGAGCCUGUUCCCUUUGACCCCCAGCGUGAAGAGACUGACCUUCUACAGGGCAACCUGCUGGUGUUCCAGUUUCUGGCCUUUACCAGAAUACCCAGAGCAGGCGUUGGUGCCGACUGGCCGGACAACAUCUAUUUCACCUUCCAGUUUUAUCGCUUUCCACCAGUCACAUCGCAGCAACUCAAAUUAGUGACCAGUGGAAAAGUUCAACACAAAGCUGGCAAUUCACUUCCCUGUGUCUUGGCCUCCAUCAACAAAGAUGGCACUGUCAACUCUGGCUCCCCGGGCCUGCAGCUGCAGUUCAGAGUAGAUGAGGGUUUCCUGAGGCCGGGAGAGAAGCGCUGGUUUCUGCGUUACCUGGCCCUCCACACCAUGCACAUCGACAUCUGGGACAGCAACUCACUGCUUCUCAUAGGCUCUACUGCCAUCGAGCUCAAGUACUUGCUGCGUCAGGGUAAACCAGCAGUGCAGGCCCUUCAUGAAGUGGAGGUGCUGACCACAGAUUAUGUGGGAGAGGACCCCCUGCUGGCAAGUGCAAAUCUGGGCCGACCGUCUGCAAUCAGCCCAAUGACGGUGCACACCAUCACCAAAGGCCGGCUGCACAUACGCACAGGCAAUAUUGGGUGCCCAGUGGAUCCCAGUAAGAGGAGGCCAGCAGACAUCAUGCCAACCACUUCUCACAUCAUCACACCUUGUGAAGUCACAGGUGGUUUCAGAGGAGGGAGCCUGUCUUCCAGAAACAUCCUCCAACUCAACGCGAGGAACGCUGCGCAAGCACACAGACUGGAGAUGGAUGGGGAUCUCGUGCCAUUGUACAAACGUGGGAUCAGAGCCGACAUCAUAAUGCCUGGAGAGCAUGACAGUGGGACGCGCAAGCUCAACUGCAUGGCUGCUGUGCAUCAGCGGGAGGGCAAGAAAGAUGCUCAAGCAGCUAAGGUCAUGGAUCAGAAAAAGCAAUCCCUAUUGACCAGAGAACUUCAUCAGAUCAAACCCAGUGAAGAUCACAGCAAGGCAGAGGGCAUCACCAACAUGCUGAGCCAGGCUAUCACCACUCAUCACCUGCUUUAUGCAAGCCUGGGCUCUGCUGAGUACAUGGAGUUUGUCCUUAAGAAUCCCUUUAAUGUACCUCAGACUGUCACCAUCCACAGUGACGACCCUGAGCUCAGCGUUCUCACUAACGCAGAGGAGUGGGGUUACUUCAAAGCACUAGCCAAAACUCCAACCCCACUGGAGGAGAACAUGUUUCACUUGGAAGAGGAUGCCCCAGGACCAAGAGUUUACCUCCGGCCAAAAGAGAGCAUUCACAUUCCUCUGAAAUACCAGAGCUUUCUCUGUGAUCACACCAUGGCCAUUCAGGGACCGAGCUUUCUACCUACGGGCAAAGGUUCCCGGAUGGCAAGGAAGAAUCUGUCCAAUAUUGUUGCUGCCAAGAUUAUCAAGGUUACAUUUAAAGCAGAGGAUGGCAAACCAAUGGCCAUCUUCCAGUUGAGCGUGGAGCCAACACCUCACAUUGUCUAUCAGACUUUUCGCCUUUACCACCCCGAGCUCUGCUUCCUGAAGAAAGCCAUCCGUCUGCCGCCAUGGCACGACCCCACAGAACCAGAUGUUAGGACUCACAUUUCAGUACGCUGCAGUGACCCCAAUAUCAUCUGCCAGACAAGGAUGCUGGUGCCAGGGGAGCCUCAGGAUGUGUACUUGAAAGUGCCUGGGAGUCCCAGUCCAAACAUAAAAAUGUUCUUUGUGAUGGUUUUUACUGAUAAGUGGAUGGCAGCACCCUCCCAGGUCUGGCAGAUUUACGUGCAUUUCCUGGAGCGGGUGGAUGUCAGCUGUGUGACUGGCCAGAGAAACUGUCAAUCGCUGGUGCUGAGGGGGAGGCAGGCUGUCCGCAAGGUCAAAUGUUUCUCAUCACACCCCCAGGAGAUUGAGGUGGACCCAGACAGUGUGUUCCUGUUGCCUCCAGCAGCAGUUCAGGAGCUUCAGGUGAAGGUGCAGCCAUGGCAAGCAGGAAGUCGCUUCUUUUAUGUGAACGCAGUGGACGUGGAGCAGAGGCGAAUUAUCACCGCCUGGCUACUCUGUUUGAAUGUCCAUCGGCCUGUCCUGUCAAAGGCAUUUGAAGUGUGUGUCCCAGUUGGUGGUGGGCGUGGCAGCUCCAGGAAGAUCACCUACACCAACCCUUACACACGCAGUCGCACGUUUCUGCUCCGCUCUGACCAUCCCGAUCUGCUCCAGUUCAAAGAGGAUAAGUUCCAGAUUAGCGGAGGAGAAAGUUAUACUAUCGGACUACGAUUUGCCCCGAGCCAGAGUCCCGGUUCAGUGGAGAUACUGGUGUACGUGAACAACCUGGAGGAGAAGACGGAAGAGACGUUCUGUGUGAAGGUCAACUACUCGUGAACUGAUGCUGUUCAUAUCAAACAGUGAGCACCAACGGCUUCCUGAACACACUGACUGAUCUGUCUCUUUAAUAUAUUUUCUGAGUGUGAAAUGAACUCAAAUGAGUACAAAUGAGCUGUAAUUGUCCUACUUAGUGUGUGUCAUUUUGUAUAAUAUCAGUUGUCAGACAGAAUAAACUCUCUUUUUAUCACAGAUUUUGU